AUGGUUCAUUAUAUUACACUUGCCACCUGUAACCUUAACCAAUGGGCCCUUGAUUUUGAAGGUAACAGAGACAGAAUUGUCGAAAGUAUUAAGAUCGCCAAGUCUAAGGGGGCGAGAUUAAGAGUUGGUCCCGAAUUAGAAAUCACUGGAUAUGGUUGUUUAGACCACUUUCUUGAAAAUGAUAUUUUCUUGCACUCCUGGGAAAUGCUUACCACUAUAUUGACCAACAAAGAUUGUUUUGAUAUCUUAUUAGAUAUAGGGAUGCCGAUCAUGCAUAAAAAUGUUAGAUACAACUGUAGAGUGUUGGCUUAUAAUGGGAAAAUUAUUUUCAUUAGACCUAAAAUGUGGCUUGCUAAUGAUGGUAAUUACAGAGAAAUGAGAUUCUUCACCCCAUGGUCUAGACCUUAUUACGUUGAAAACUUUGUGUUACCUAGGAUGAUCCAAAAAAUCACUGGGCAGUUGAGGGUUGAUUUUGGGGAUGCUGUGAUUUCUACUUUAGACACUUGUGUGGGGAUUGAGACUUGUGAGGAAUUGUUUACUCCAAACUCUCCACAUAUUGCCAUGGCCUUGGACGGUGUGGAGAUCAUCACAAACUCUUCAGGAUCGCACCACGAGCUUCGUAAAUUGAACACCAGAAUGAAUUUGAUUAAAGAAGCAACUACCAAAUGCGGAGGUAUCUAUUUAUACUCUAACCAAAGGGGUUGUGACGGUGAUAGACUAUAUUAUGAUGGAUGUGCUUUGAUUGUCGUUAAUGGCGAGGUUGUGGCCCAAGGUAGCCAAUUUUCUUUGGAUGAUGUUGAAGUGGUCACCGCUACCAUUGAUACUGAAGAUGUCAGAAGUUACAGAUCUUUGAUGUCCCAUGGCUUACAAGCUGUCAACCAAAAAGAAAACUAUAAAAGAAUUCAUGUUCCAAUUGAACUAUCACCAAGCAGUGAAACUUUUGACCCUUCGGUCUCGCCAUCUAAGCCUUUCCCAAUUCAUUAUCAUACCCCAGAAGAAGAGAUCGCCCUUGGCCCUGCUUGUUGGUUAUGGGAUUAUGUGAGAAGAUGUAGGGCCGCCGGGUUUUUCUUACCGUUAUCUGGAGGCAUUGACUCUUGUGCUACUGCGGUGAUUGUUCAUUCGAUGUGUAGAUUGGUUGCGGAUGCUGCCAAAAAUGGCAACGAGCAAGUUAUCAAGGAUGCCAAAGUUGUGGCUGGAUUGUUGCCAGAAAGUGAUUAUAAACCAAUUGAUCCAGCGGAAUUUGCCUCCAGAAUUUUCCAUACAACAUUUAUGGGCACUGAGAACUCUUCUGCCGAAACCAGAUCUAGAGCUAAAGAAUUGGCGGCCAAGAUCGGUGCCUAUCAUGUUGAUUUAAAUAUGGAUUCCUUGGUUGGCAGUGUAGUCAACUUGUUUGAGGUGGCGACUGGUAAAAGACCAAUUUUUAAAAUCUUUGGUGGGAGUCAAGUGGAGAACUUGGCAUUACAAAAUAUCCAAGCCAGAUUGAGAAUGGUUUUGGCUUACUUAUUCGCCCAGUUGUUGCCUUGGGUUAGAGGUAGAAAAUCAGGAGGGUUAUUGGUCCUUGGCAGUGCUAAUGUCGAUGAAUGUCUUAGAGGAUAUUUGACCAAAUAUGAUUGUUCUAGUGCGGAUAUUAACCCAAUUGGGGGGAUUUCCAAGACUGACUUGAAGAAAUUUAUCGCUUAUGGUAGCACCAGCUUUGACAUGCCAAUAUUGGAUGAUUUCUUGAACGCCACUCCCACCGCUGAAUUAGAGCCAAUCACUAAAGAUUAUGUACAGUCAGAUGAAAUUGAUAUGGGCAUGACAUAUGAAGAAUUGUCGGUUUUUGGUAGACUCAGAAAAGUUAACAAAUGUGGUCCUUAUUCGAUGUUUUUGAAAUUAUACCAUGAAUGGAGUCCAAAAUUAACUCCUGAAGAAAUCGCGGUCAAAGUGAAGAGAUUUUAUUUCUUCUACGCUAUCAACCGUCACAAGCAAACUGUUUUGACACCAUCAUAUCACGCUGAACAAUACUCUCCGGAUGAUAAUAGAUUUGAUUUAAGACCUUUCUUGAUUGAUCCAAGGUUCAGUUGGGCAAGUAAGAAAAUCGAUGAGUUCAUUGCAAAAACCCAAACAAAGACACUUGACGAAUCAGAUGUUUUGAAAGUUGAUUAG